ACAUGUUUCAAAGUUUUCAAAAUGUCGUCUGCUCCAAGUUCUGCCGAGUUACUUCAUGUUGGAGGUGAAAGAACCACCGGAGAAAGCAUACGAAACCAAAAUGUUACCGCUGUUACGGCGAUCGCAAACAUUGUCAAGAGUUCCUUAGGUCCUGUUGGCCUUGAUAAAAUGUUGGUCGAUGAUAUUGGGGAUGUUACUGUGACAAAUGAUGGAGCCACAAUAUUGAAGCUGUUGGAAGUUGAGCAUCCUGCAGCCAAGGUUCUCUGCGAGCUGGCAGACCUUCAAGACCAGGAAGUUGGAGACGGAACAACCUCAGUAGUUAUACUUGCUGCAGAAUUUCUUAGAGGAGCAAAUGAACUUGUGCGUCAGAAGAUUCAUCCUACCUCCAUCAUUAGUGGCUAUAGAUUGGCUUGCAAGGAAGCAUGCAAGUACAUCCAGGAAAAUUUGACAAUUAAUGUCAGUGAGCUUGACAGAGAAAGUAUUGUGAAUGUGGCUAAGACAUCAUUGUCAUCAAAGUUGAUUGGCCAGUCAUCAGACUUCUUUAGUGAGAUGAUUGUCAAUGCUGUCACUGCAGUGAAGCGAGCAGGAAAUAAGGGUGAAGCCAAGUAUCCAAUCAAGGCUAUUAAUGUGUUAAAGGCGCAUGGAGGCAGUGCACAGGAAAGUGUACUGGUGGAUGGGUAUGCUCUGAAUUGCACCAUUGCAUCUCAAGCCAUGCCUAAACGAGUGGAAAAUGCUAAAAUUGCUUGCCUGGAUUUUAGCCUUCAAAAAGCCAAAAUGCAUCUAGGAGUUAGUGUUGUUGUAGAGGAUCCUGAGAAGUUAGAAGCUAUAAGAAAAAGAGAGGCAGACAUUACUAAAGAACGUAUCCAGAAGGUUCUUGGAGCUGGAGCCAAUGUUGUGUUGGUCAGUGGUGGCAUUGACGAUCUCUGCCUCAAGUACUUUGUAGAAGCUGGUGCCAUGGGUGUCAGGCGAUGUAAAAAGGCUGACCUUAAGAGAAUCGCAAGGGCUACAGGAGCAACUAUGGUGCUGACCUUGGCUAAUCUGGAAGGUGAGGAGAGCUUUGACGCCAGUAUGCUUGGCUCAGCAGACGAAGUUGUUCAAGAACGAGUUUCUGACGAUGAGUUGAUUGUUAUUAAACGACCCAAGGCUCGUUCAGCGUCCUCGAUUAUCCUCCGAGGUGCCAAUGACUUCAUGUUAGACGAAAUGGAGCGUUCCAUGCACGAUGCCAUCUGUGUGGUAAAGAGAGUCCUCGAGUCCAAAACAGUUGUCCCCGGGGGAGGGGCAGUGGAGGCGGCUUUGUCGAUCUAUUUAGAGAACUUUGCUACGUCACUGGGAUCUCGAGAGCAGUUGGCCAUCGCUGAGUUUGCCAACUCACUCCUUGUUAUUCCCAAGACACUGGCAGUGAAUGCGGCUCAAGAUUCAGCCGAACUUGUGGCCAAACUCCGCGCGUAUCACAACACGUCGCAAAUUAACACAGAGAGAGCCUCCUUCAAAUGGAUCGGUUUGGAUCUGAUUGAGGGCAAAGUGCGAGACAAUUUAAAAGCAGGCGUUCUAGAACCUUGCAUCAGUAAAAUCAAGUGUCUUAAAUUUGCGACAGAAGCCGCCAUUACAAUUCUUCGGAUCGACGAUAUGAUUAAAUUGAGACCGGAGAAAAAGGAGGAGAGUGCAUACGGGCAAGCCAUGCAGCGCGGAGAACUGUAAACAAAUGGAUAUUAUUAGGAAGACUAUAACUUUAUUAAUUUGCGAUUCUGAUAUUUGAUUUGCCAAGAGAUAAGCACGGAUUCCCUGCAGUCCUGAUCUCAGCUUCUUGGAUGGUUUGCCAAGACAAAUGAACACGAUGACAGUUGUUAGAUCGUUGAGGUGUUGAAGCUCACUGUUGCUCGGUAAAUUUUUGCCUUCCCGGGUACGUGACUGUUUUUAUCCAAUCAAAACGUGCGGGCACACUUGAAAAGCAUUAAGGGUACGUACUUGUUUUUGAUCGGUCAAACAAGAAAAAAACUUAACGCUAAAGCUGUCGAUUAAAAACUGUCGGGUAACAUCAGGUUCCUUCCUUGCGUCGAAGGGAGAUGACGUAAAGCUGCUCUCAUCGAGUGCUAACUUGUAAGGAAUGAGCAAGUCCUUCAGUGAGUUUAGUGUGUUAAAGUGGAACGAAUUAAAGGUUUCAAAACGCUU